UAUUAAAACAAUUAAUUUUUUAUUAUCUAAUCAAAAUGUGAAUUUUCAUGCAACAAUCCAGUAUGGGCGCGCAUCAAACUGUUUUCGCUAUUAAAAUCAGUGCCGCGCAUUUCACUGCACUGCCAAACGCAGGCGGAGUCAAAAGUAUUUUUUAAAGUUCUAAAAACUAUUGUAAACAUGUCUGCAAUCAAACUUGAAAUGCGACCAUUAACACCGGCACUCCAACAGAAGGCGUGCGAUGAGUUAAACGAGGUGCCCGAGCGUUUAGCCGCGGAUAUCUCAACGCUCAGGGCUUGGCUGCGCCAACAACCACACUUGAGCGCACGCCAAAGUGAUCAGUUUCUGUUGAAUUUCCUGCGCGGCUGUAAAUUCAGUUUGGAGAAGGCGAAACGCAAGCUGGAUCAGUAUUACACAUUGCGUACGACGCUGCCCGAUUUGAAUCAACACGGUUUCGUGGAUGAUCAGCGUUUACGCGCCAUCAUACGUUUGGGUGUCACGCUUUAUUUGCCACUGCCACUGCUGGAAGAUGGCCCAUGCAUUAUGUUAAUGCGUCCGGGUAAAUACGAUCCCAAAGCCUUCAAUAUGACAGAUUUAUUACGCGUAAGCUUUCUGCUUCAGGACAUUUAUCUUAUCAGCAAUGACAAUCUAAUUAUUGGUGGUUUUAUGCAAAUUGGCGACUUUGAAGGCUUCUCCAUGGCGCAUUUGCUACAGAUGAGCCCGUCGCUUAUGAAACGCUUCAGCUUGUACGUCGAAGAAGGUAUGCCGAUGCGUAUUAAAAACUCGCAUUUCUUCAAUACGGGUGCGAUCUUUGAGAAGCUCUUUGCCACUGUCAAACUGCUGCUGCCUGCAAAGAUGGUCGAGAGGUUUCAGGUACACAACACAUUCGAUUCCCUUUGCGCAGCUGUGCCGAAAAAGUAUUUACCAAAGGAUUAUGGCGGUGAAAAUGGCAGCAUUGAGGAAACUAUCGCCAAAACCGAACAACUAGUUUUGGAAUAUCGUGAAUAUUUAUUAGAUGAAAAGAAUUAUGGAGUAGAUGAGAAGUGUCGCAUUGGUGGUCCAAAUAAUUUGGAGACAGAAUAUGGUUUGGAUGGUUCGUUUAGAAAGCUAAAUGUGGAAGGACAUAAAAGUAAAGCCAAACACAUCAUGUCCAAUAUACGACCCUUAACACCGGAGCUGGCCAAGCGCGCACAGGAAGAGCUUGGUGAGGUGCCCGAACGUAUAGAUGCCGACAUCCAACAACUACGUGACUGGAUUGUAAAGCAACCACAUCUCAACGCACGCACCGAUGACCAGUUCCUAGUGGCUUUCCUGCGCGGUUGUAAAUACAGUGUGGAGAAGGCGAAACAAAAAUUAGACAAUUACUAUGCAAUGCGUGGCGCUGUGCCGGAGUUGUAUAAAGAUCGGUUUGUCAAUGAUGCUGCCAUUGAUAUACUGCGUUCGAGCGUCUACUUACCUUUACCGAAACCAAUAGCGCCCGACGGCCCUCGCAUACACCUCUCCCGCUAUGGAGUUUUCGACACUAAUAAAUAUUCGCUGAGUGAUAUAAUCAAAGUACGCACUAUGCUUGGUGAUAUACAAUUCCGUGAUGAUGAUAAUGCCAUGGUGAUGGGCUUCAUGGAGGUUAUCGAUUUUAAAGGUGUCGGUCCAGGGCAUAUUUUCCUUUUUAAUGCCGUGUUGGUGAAGAAACUGGCAGUACUGGGUGAUAAAGCAUGGCCUUAUCGUCCGAAAGGAUUCCAUUUCAUCAAUGUAAAUUCGGCCUGUGAGAAAAUUAUGAGUCUGGCAAAGAGUAUGAUGAGUGAUAAGAUUAAGAAACGUUUUCAUGUUCAUGCCAAUUAUGAAUCACUUUACAAGCACAUACCAAAGGAGUGUCUGCCGGCUGAAUAUGGCGGCAGCAACGGUACGAUUGUGGCGGGCGUCAAAGAGUGGGAAAAUAAAUUGCUUAGCUAUAAGGAAUACUUUGAGGAGGAUGCCAAAUAUGGCACAAAUGAAAAACUACGACGUGGACGUCCAUUUAAUUCCGAAUCAUUAUUCGGUAUUGAGGGCUCAUUUAGGAAAUUGGAUAUUGAUUAGUGAUUUGUUUGUUUUCGGCAAUUUUCUAGUAACUUAAAUGAGAUUACUAAUUGUCUUUAUUGUAUGUUUGCACAUUUGUACAUACAGAUGUGUAUGUAUGGUAGGUAUGUAUGUGAAUUUAGUUAGUUAUUAUUAAUUUAUA